AUGAAGAUCAGCGCGCUACUCACCUCUGCGGGCAUCAACAUUGGCCUCUGUGUCCUCUUCCUGUCGCUCUACUCUGUUCUCAGAAAGCAGCCAGCCAAUGUCAGGGUCUACUUCGGCCGCAGGAUCGCUGAGGAGCAUGAUCGGCUCCGAGGGGCUUUUAUCUUGGAGAGAUUUGUUCCAUCUACUGGAUGGAUAGUCAAAGCCCUGCAGUGUACUGAGGAAGAGAUCCUGGCUGCUGCUGGCUUGGAUGCUGUUGCUUUCAAUAGAAUUCUAGUAUUCAGCAUACGCAUCUUCACCCUUGCCGCCCUUUUGUGUGUCUUUGGGAUUCUUCCGCUCAAUUAUUUUGGACAGGAUAUACACCAUGUUCGAAUUCCUUCGGAAUCACUAGAUAUAUUUACAAUUGGGAAUGUAGAAGUGAAAUCAAGAUGGCUCUGGGUCCAUUGUGUAACCCUGUACAUAAUUUCUGGAGUAGCUUGCAUUCUGCUAUACAUUGAGUACAAGCACAUUGCCAGGUUGAGGCUCCUUCAUCUUACAAGUGCAACACCAAAACCAAGCCAUUUUACAGUUCUUGUUCGGGGAAUACCAAAGGCAGAUAAAGAAUCAUGCAGUGAUGUUGUUGAUGGUUUCUUCACAAAGUAUCACUCAUCUAGUUAUCUCUUCCAUCAAGUAGUUUACAAAGCUGGGAAAGUUCAGAAGAUAAUGACUGGCGCAAAAAAGGCAUAUAAGAAGUUCAAACAUUUCACAGAUGAAACAGUCGAUCAGGGAUGCAGAACAAUUACCUACCGCUGUUGUCUGUGUGGAGCCUCUUCAAAUUCUUUCAAGUUAUUGAACACUGAAUGUGAGCAGAACAGGGGGAAAGCUGACAAUAAAUCCAUCUUGGACUUAGAUGAUGAGGAAUGCACAGCUGCUUUUGUAUUUUUCAAAACUCGGUAUGCCGCACUUGUUGCAUCAGAAAUACUUCAAACAUCUAACCCUAUGAAGUGGGUUGCUAAUCUAGCUCCAGAACCAGAAGACGUGUAUUGGUCCAAUCUUUGGCUACCCUAUAAGCAGCUUUGGGCUCGCCGUAUUGCUACACUCCUAGGCUCUAUUUGUUUUAUGUUCAUAUUUCUGAUACCGGUGACAUUUAUACAAGGGCUAUCUCAGCUAGAGCAGCUGCAGCAGAGGCUUCCUUUCCUAAGAGGAAUAUUGAAGAAGAAAUACUACAUGACUCAGCUAGUAACUGGAUACCUUCCCAGUGUCAUACUGCAAAUCUUUCUGUACACUGUUGCUCCAAUUAUGAUGCUAUUUUCUACAUUGGAGGGUCCUACAUCACACAGUGAAAGGAAGAGAAGUGCUUGCUGUAAAGUGCUGAUCUUCACAGUUUGGAACAUAUUCUUUGCUAAUGUAUUAUCUGGUACUGUCAUAAGUCAAUUGAACGUGUUAUCAAGCCCAAGGACAUACCUGUCCAGCUUGCUAAAGCUGUACCUGGACAGGAAAUAUGUUCUGAGAAUGAGAGAAGAUACAGAAUUCGUUCCCUCAUUUCCCUACCACACAGAAGUACCAAAAGUUCUGUUGUUUGGACUAUUGGGAUUCACAUUGUCUGUGCUGGCUCCUCUGAUCUUACCUUUUCUGCUGGUGUACUUUUGCCUUGGUUAUGUUGUCUACCGCAAUCAGUUGCUCAAUGUGUAUCGAACAAGGUACGACACAGGUGGUUUGUAUUGGCCAAUUGCAUGCAGCACAGUCAUAUUCUCUCUUGUGCUCACCCAGAUCAUCUGCCUUGGUGUAUUUGGACUCAAAGAAUCGCCAGUAGCUGCAGGCUUCACCAUACCUCUUAUCAUCCUUACUCUUUUAUUUAACCAGUACUGCAGAAACCGACUUCUUCCAUUAUUCAAGACUUUUCCAGCACAGGAUUUAAUCGACAUGGACAGGGAAGAUGAACGGUCAGGAAGAAUAGAUGAAAUUCACCAUGGACUUCAUUCUGCUUAUUGCCAGUUCCCUGACACCGUAGAUGUACCCUUGGAGAAAAUUGAAAUUGUUGGCGGGGAUGAGGAGCAAGGUUCUACCUCGGGUGAGUCCAGUGGCAAAGAAACCUGCGAGGAUCCCAAGAAGGACCUGUCUCACCCAACACUAAAAGGACUCCCUGUUAACCGUCUCCGGCAUGCUGUGAGGUCGGUUACUUUCCUGAUCAGAUUGCAGAAAAGAGGUUUAUCAGAACAGAAAAUCGGAUAG